AUGACACAGAUUGUCAACACCAUCGACUCAUUCCUCUCAUCCUCCGUCGACGCGUCUGAGGCGGCCCAACGGCUAACAGCCUCAAUAGAGGCAGAUCUUACCGAGACGUCCGAUGACUAUUCGGCCAGCUCCAUCUUCGACGAGAGACUAUCGUAUCCGCAUGGCAGCACAACGACCAUCCACGGCAACAUAAGCCAGUGGCGUCCGUCGCACAUGUUCAAACAACCAAGUCAUCCAAGCCAGAUUGAACCUCGAACGGUGUCCUGGAGAAGAACACGACAGACAUGGGCGAGCCUGAACGCUUUUGUGGCACGUCUGACCAUGGCCGAAAUCACGGAUUUCGACAAUUAUGGUGUUUGGGUGAUGGGAUAUGCACCGGAGGAUGAUACAGUGGCGUCCAACCCGGAGGUGACAGGAAAGGUAGGCGGAUAUGAGCACUCGCACAGAAAGGAGGAGAGGGGCCUAGAGCGACGAGAGUUGGCCCAGGUGAGAGGUACUCCCAGCUAUUGCAUGGAGAGAUGGAACCUCUGGAAAGAAAGAUUCCAAUCUUCGAUGGGGAGCCUGGAUCUGAAUGCUCAGACUAGAGAGAUGUCGAAGAAAGCUCACGCGAUCAUGAUAAAUCUCGACAGCGGUACCGCGCAGAGAUGA